ACAGCCGAGACCUGCAGCUGGACUGAGGACAGAACAUGAGCUUCGUGUGGAGGAGCGUGUUCUGGAAGUCGUGGCUGUCUUCGUCCGCCUCGGCCGUCAGAGCGACGCCCCUCGCCGUCUUCCCGUUGGCUCCGCCCCUCGCCGUCUUCCCGUUGGCUCCGGCCCUCCGGCGGCUCCACGUGGGCCAGCGCGCCUCCCUCACCAAGGCCUUCUCCUCCCGCGACCUGCGGCUGUUCGCCGAGCUGACGGGCGACACCAACCCGCUGCACCUGGACCCCGCCUACGCCGCCACCACCUCCUUCGAGGCGCCCAUCGUGCACGGCGUCCUCAUCAACGGCCUGAUGUCGGCCGUGCUGGGCACGCGCAUGCCCGGCCGCGGCUGCGUCUUCCUCUACCAGGAGAUCCGCUUCCCGGCGCCGCUCUACGUGGGGGAGGAGGUGCUGGCCGAGGCCGAGGUCCGCAAGGUCAAGAUGUCGUUCGCCUUCAUCGCCGUCACCUGCUCGGUCAAGGACAAGGUGGUGAUGGAGGGGGAGGUGAUGGUGAUGAUGCCCGAGGAGCAGCAGAAGGGAUGAGAGCAGGAGGAAGAGGAGGAGCUGAAGAGAGAGAGAGGAUGAAGGUAGAGGAGGAGAAACCUGUCUUCUGCUCUGUGGAGGACAGACAGGAGAUCUGAUCUGAUCUGAUCUGUCCAGCAGGAGGAGGAGGAGGAGGAGGAGGAGGAGGAGGAGGAGGAGGAGGAGGAGGAGGAGUGUUCAGCAGGAGACGUGAGGAGCUGAGGUGUGCCGCCGACACAGAGGAGCGCUCGUCACUCACUCCCAGUUCUUUAAAAAAGCUUGAGAGGCAAAAUAGAUUUAGCUGAACUUUCUGCUUCAGACUGUUUGGACGAGGAUCAGCGUCACUCUGCUGUCUGACACCAAACAUGAGGAGUUUGUUUAAGUAGAAUAAAGUUAAGACAUUUUUAAGUUCAGAUUUAUUGAUGGAGAGCUAAAAAAUCUGAUUCAAAGGAAGGAAGCAAAGCAGAAGGCUGAAGGACAGGAAAUAACUGAUCCCACGUAUUGAUUUUUCAAAGUAAAAUGACAUGUUCUUAUAAAUGUAUCAUCUCAGAAUCUUUACAUCCAUGUUUAGUUUGUCAGAUUGCAUUUUAUUUACAGCGACUGAUCAUGUUUAGUUUGUUUGACAGUAAAACGAGGAUUAAAUACAUAUGAAAACACAAACUGAGGUGUGUGUGUGUGUGUGUGUGUGUGUGUGUGUGAGAGAGAGAGAGAGAGAGAGACACAUCACCAUCAGGUUAUUUAUUGAGUAACAGCAGCUUCAUGUUCAGAAUGAUCAUCAAGUACAAAUUAGAAUAUUAAUAUUAAUAAUGAUUCAGUGCAAAUUUAGCAGAGAACAUGCCGCCCGUCCAAACGAUGGGGUCAUCAGAGGUCACAUGACGGGUCACAUGACACAGGACAGAGCAUCAUGCAUUAUGUUUCUAUGCUUUGACUCGUUCUUCACCUGUAAGUGAGCGCGUUUAUUUAUUUAUUUUUAGUCUUGGACUUUGUGUCGUGUCAUUUAGGAUGAAUUGAUAAUAAAGUAUUGAAUUUUGAAUAUUCCA